AUGGACGUCAAUCUGAUGGAGCCGCUUGCCGAGCUGGACGGCUUCGAGCCGCAGCAGCGGGCGCGCUCCAACACGUGGCCGCUGCCGCGGCCCGACAACUACGCCGAGGACGAGGGCGGCAACAAGUGCCCGGCCGGGGGCGGCGGUACGGGGGCGGCGGCGUGUCCGCCGGCGGGCGGCGUGGCGGCGGCGAUGCCGGCGCAGAAGAAGAACUCGAGCCGCAGGAACGCUUGGGGUAAUUUGAGCUACGCCGAUUUGAUCACGCAGGCGAUCAAAACGUCGCCGGAUCAGCGGUUGACGCUGAGCCAGAUCUACGAGUGGAUGGUGCAGAACGUGCCCUAUUUCAAGGAUAAGGGGGAUAGCAACAGCUCGGCGGGGUGGAAGGUACAAAUUGUUUCUUUAAAACACGUGCUUCAUCUUAAUGAAACUCAAAAUUAG